AUGACACUGCAGGACUUUAUCGAAAGAAACUUGCUUAAAACAGUGGAGUUUCUGAUCAAGCACAAGCUGGUAGAAGACGAGCAGUAUGGAAUUUGUCUCGACUCCAUCGUGUCAAUCAUCAACGCAAACAACAAAGAGUUCUACAAAACCUAUUCCCAGCUACUCUGCGAACAGUCAAGAAAAAAUAUAAAUGCAAUAGUCUUCUGCUCUUGCUGUAACUCUAAAAGAAUUUUCCUAAGAAACCACAGCCUCAUACACAGCGUAUUUAGCAGUAGAUCAUUAACUAGCAUUUCUCCAUCAAUUGAGGAUGUUAAACAUGAUUUUAAUAUUGUUGCCAUGCCUGGCUCAAAAACGGAUCCUUUCUUAAAGUACAUCAAAGCAUACAUAUCAAAAGACAUAGACCUGGCCAUUGAGGUUGUAGAAGAGCAGCCUCUCUUUUGGGAGGCACAUCUUCUCUUGAUGGAUCUGUGCACAUCAUUUAUUCAGAUCAACACGCCAUUAAGUCUAUAUUUCUAUGCUUAUUUGAAAAUAUACAAGGACAUUGACAGCAUUGAAGCGAGUUUAGUUAGGGACAGUGCACCUUGUAGUAAUAAGAGUGUGGGCAUGGCAAAGUUCACAGUACAGAAUGCGAAUAUCCUUGCUGCUCUGCAUUAUUGCUAUGGAGAUGAUAAGAAAGCACUGAAAAUAUUUAAAACAAUUGAUUUCACUGAGUGUUUUGACCCUUCCUUCUUUGAAUUCUACGGAAUACUUCUGUACAACUCUAAUGAUCCAUCGCUUCCUCUUCUUUGUGAAAAUAUGUCAAAUUUUCAUAAAAACAGGUAUGAGACGUUUACAACUGUAGGGAUGUUCAAAUUAAGCCAAGGAAGAUUCACGGAGGCCAGGGAUCUAUUCAAAAAAGCAUAUAAGCUAAGCAAUCCCCCGAUGUUGCAUGUCUCAUAG